AUGAAACCUAACAAUGUUGAGAAUAACGGGGGUGAUUGUGAUUGGAAAUCUAGAGUUUGCAUGACAUUUGAUACAGAACAAGAAGCAUAUGAUUUCUAUAAUGCUUAUGGAAGAAGGCUAGGCUUUAGUAUUAGAAGGGGUUAUGUAAACAAGAGCAAGGAAGGACAAAUCACUUCAAAGCAAUUUGUUCGUAAUAAGAAAGGGUUUCAGGUUGUCGACAAGCAAGAUCCGUUAACAACAAAUCCUAGGCAGGAAGCAAUCGAAAUAGAUUUAGCCGAAAAAUCUGGAAUCUGUCUUAAUGCUGCAUUUGAACUCAUGGAUGCUCAAAUGAUCAUGGAUUAUGGGCAAUUUGGUGAUGUUGUGACUUUUGACACUAUUUACAAGUUAAAUAGUGCACAUAGACCAUUUGCAUCUUUCGUUGGAUUUAACCAUCAUCGGGAAACUGUUAUAUUUGGCACAGCUUUGAUGUAUGAUGAGAUCGCCGAUUCUUUUAUAUGA